AUGUACGUUCUGUUCACGAAACUACAGCCGCUGGAUCCUGACUCCCUCACCUUCACCGCCAUCUGUGCGACGUUAAAUGCCUACUACAAACGCCGAUAUCAUGUCCUCGCGGCUCGCGCCGAGUUCUACCAAUGCCGGAAGGAGCCCGAGCAGACCUAUCGCCAGUGGGCUGCCGAACUGCAAGCCGCUGAUCGUCGACUGGAGUCCUGGGCAGAUGUAGCAGCAAUCCGUGACGACGCCACGAUGGACGCCGAAGACGUCGCAGCAAUCCAGGUCUCCACGCCGCGCUCCUACCACCACCGCGGUCGGAGACCGCCUCCACAACAAGACGCCCAGUCGCACCAUCCCGGCCGGAGCCAGAAAUCACUGCAGCAACCACAACACAACCGGCAACGUCGUCGGCAUCGGUCGCCGCCACCAGCACCACCAACACAGCAGCCGCAGCCGACGGACCAGCUGCCCGGCCCCUCUUUGCCGCCUCCCCACCAGCCGAUGGCCACCGAUGAAGUCGAACCGAUGCCACUGGUCCCACCCAUGCCGACAUCACAACCAGUACGCCGGUCAGCCCGCAUCGCAGGACAGGUCGCUUCACAGACACAGGAAAAGUUGGAGUACUCCGCCGACCUCCACCGGCUUUAUAAGGCCAGCGCAGUAGCAGUACAGCCAGUUCCUCGCCGACAUAGGACCAGCUCCGACGGACCUCACCGACGCUCUUAA